AUGGUGCAUCAUGUCUGAUUUAGGGCACACUCCAAAGUAAUCAUGGCCAGUAAUAUUCACAUACAUUUAAUACCAUAUUUCUUAAAUUUUUGAUCGCCGAAAUGUCACUCUCCUGGAGUAAUGAAGAGACUUUCAAAUUUAUUGAAUUGUAUCAAUCUCAGCCCUCAAUUUGGGACCCACAACAUGACAAACAUAAAGAUAAAAACAAGGUCAUGGAUGCAUGGAAUCACAUAGCAGACACCAUUCAAAUUCCUGUUUCUGAACUUAAAAAAAAGAAAGAAUCAUUAAUGGCAGCAUUUCGGAUGAAUUUCAAAAGAAAACAGGAUUCGAUUCGAUCUCGUAUGCGAGGAGAAGAAAUUUACAAGCCCAUUUGGAUAUUCUAUGAUGCUAUGGAGGUAUUUUUAGGAGGCGUAUAUAAAGGCAAACCCAUUAUAGAAGGAGAAAGUAUCUCAUUAAGUCAUGGACAAAAGACAGCUGCUAGCGGAGAAAUGAAAGAACAAGAAAUAGGAAUUUCAAAUGGUGCUAAAACCAAUAUAGAAACAAAGAAUACGAAAGUCCCGAUUCCUGUACAGAGGAGACGCGAGGUCAGGCUGCCUGAUUUAGAGAAAGCAGAAAAGGAGAUGGCAAACGCUUUUAAUACAUUGAACCAGGUUAUGCUCAAUAAAGAACAAAAAAUAGAAGACGACUGCGACUUAUAUGGAAGGCUAUUUGCUAACAAACUCAGAAAAUAUUCAGAGAUUGAGAGGCAAGAAAUCAUGUACGAGAUAGAUGGAUUAUUACUGAGACGGCUUCAUAACUAUAGUUCUAAUUCCGUGUCUUCGCAAAUUAUUGUCGAUAAACCUCAUGCAUCUUCUUCAACAGCCAGUUAUGUUUGUCCAUCACCAUCUUCUCCUUAUUUGAUCAACCGGCCCUUGUCGUCAAACUCUUCACAUAAUUCUGAAGAUAAUAAAUCAAUGUUAUUUGAAAAUGGAAUCCUACCUAAGUUAGAGCUCGUUGAGAACUCUAAUGAAGCAACUAAUAAUGAAGAUUCAAAUGAAGACACAAGUGAAACACAUAAUGUAACAACUACAGUAACAGAACUAGAUGAACCAGACACACAUCAGAAAGAAAACCAAUCAGUAGAUCAAGAUAUUCUUAAUAAAGUCCACGAUCGUAUUAAGAUUACAAGAUUGAGGUGUGAAACAUGUAAUUUAAGUUUUUCAGAUAAAAAUUCGUUCACUGUGCACAACCGAAAACACGAAAAAACCAAGUGUGAUAUUUGCGGCCGUUUAGUAAGAUCAGACAACAUGAAGAGACACAUCAGAUUGCAUACAGCAGGUCCAUCGGUUUGUUCUAUUUGUGGGGCCACGUUUAAAAAUUUUGACUGUUUAAGAUGUCACGUCUUUCAUUACCACAAGCAUACUGCUCAACAGUACAUUUGUGAAGAAUGUGGUAGAGGCUUUCGAAUGAAACAUAGUUUCUUGUUGCAUAAGAAAAAGGUUCAUGUGGGGAUAAAGAACUUUAAAUGCAGUACUUGUGGAAAAGCUUUCUUUACCAAUACCACUCUAUUAAAACAUGUCCGAAUGACUCACGAAAAACUGAGACCUCAUGUUUGUGGAUAUUGUGGUGUUGGGUUUUCAUCUACGUAUGCUUUAAAAACUCAUAAAAGACAACAUACUAAUGAGAAACCGUUCACCUGUUACUAUUGUUCAGAAGGGUUUAAACAACGAGUUUCACUACGAUCUCAUUUGAAAUCGAAACACGGGAUAGAGGAAGCUAAGGAAUUCUUUUGUAAAACUUGCGAGAAAGGUUUCGCUACAAAUUACGCUUUAAGUAUACAUGAAAGACUACACGAAACUCAGAAGUGUGAAAUUUGCUCAGAAAAUUUUGCUGAGGGUGAAUAUCUGACAAAUCAUCUUAGAGAAGUUCAUCAAUUAGAAGUAGAAAUUAAACAAGAUAGUUAAAAUUAUUUUUGGUUUAUUUUUUUUCCAGUAAAUAUUCUGCCUUGAAUUUUCUAUUUCCUUGCUUUUCAGCCUUCUUUUAUUAAAAAAAGAAGAUAAUUAUGAAUAAUCGGAGUGUAUAUUCAUAAAUUUUCAGUAAAAACUAUCGAUUUGUAAAUACUAACCUAUAAACGACUAUAAAAUUCUAAAAAUUAACAUUUAAACUUUUUUUUUUAAUUCAUACAGUUUUAUUUGGUUAAUAAACUGCAUGUG